AUGCUGCAAAAACAAGAAGAAGAGGCCGAGCUGGCCCUGCUCUCACACGACGACUCCGAAUCCACACUCACCGAUCUCGACGAUCACGAUCACCACGAUCUCGAGGCCAACCGCAAAGAUGCCCUGCCCGAGAAGACCCCCGAGCCCGAAUACCAGACGCCUACUACGCUGAAAUUUCUCUGGCUGACGGCCUACUUCGGAUUCAGCAUGGGCAUUACUAUCUAUAACAAAGUUAUUCUGGGAUCGUUCAAAGCACCAUGGCUCCUCACCUGCCUCCAUACCUCCUUCAGUGCGCUGGGUACAUUCAUCAUGUUGAAGCGGGGAUAUUUUAAACUGUCCAAGCUGGGCAGGAAGGAACAUUUAAUCCUGGUCGCAUUCUCGGUGCUAUUUACGUCCAACAUUGCUAUGUCGAAUCUAUCAUUAUCGCUCGUCUCGCUCGCCUUCUUCCAAAUCAUCCGCAACACCGUUCCCCUCUUCACGGUCCUGAUCUACCGAAUCUGGUUCUCGCGCUCCUACGCGACCGCCACCUAUUUGUCGCUCAUUCCGAUCGUUGCGGGUGCGGGAAUGUGCACGGCGGGCGACUACCAUUACUCGGUGAUUGGACUGGCGGUAACGAUUGGCGGUGUUGUCCUUGCUGCUGUCAAGACCGUGACGACAAACCGCCUCAUGACCGGCUCCCUCGCCCUCCCCUCGAUGGAACUGCUCUUCCGCAUGUCCCCCCUUGCAGCCGUACAGUCGCUGAUCUUCGGCAUCAUCGCCGGCGAAAUUCCGAUCUUUAUCGACGCCAUGACCGAGCGCACGCAGAACGGCGCGCUAUUCCCGACGCUUCUUACUGCCGCUUUGCUUCUUGGCAACGGCUUGCUCGCGUUCUUCCUCAACGUCGCGUCGUUCAAUACGAAUAAGAUUGCGGGCGCGCUGACGAUUACGGUGUGUGGCAAUCUCAAGCAGGCGAUUACCCUUGCGCUGGGUAUUGUGCUGUUUGGUGACUUCUCGGUCAAUGUCUUGAAUGGCCUCGGCAUCUUUUUGGUGUUGGCUGGUUGUGCUUUCUUCAGCAAGUCGGAGCUGGAUUCGAAGCGGCGAGCUGCGAAAUGA